AUGUUACUGGCCGACGAAUACCCACCUAGCGCUAUAUUCUUGGAGUAUAUCAUCGGUCUCGAAAUGAUCACCCUGGAGAAUUACACACAGCAACGGAUGGAUAAUAUCGUCAGUGGUAUCCAACAAAUACAUAAAGCGCUAGUGCGGCACAGGGAUCCCAAACAGAGGAACAUGAUGGCCGUUACAGGUACCAUCGAAAGAGUGGUGUGGAUGGACUUUGAUCGAGCAGAGACCUACGACGAAAAUUAG